GGUAGUCGGUUGAUUAUACCGAGAAGGCUGGACGUAGCGCCACCGGUCAGUAGCUCUCUAGUCGGUGAAUCGCCCUCACGCGAUCGUUGAAAUCCUUCGUACCGACCUCGUUUCAGUCUAAUUUGAUGUUGAAAAGCAGACGAGUUCCCCGAAGAGCUUGGAAGUGGGAGGAGUGGGCCGAAAGAUGUAACCGUGUGUGAAGACUAGUUGUUCGCGGGAGCGUGGAAGGUGGCAGUAGUAUUACUGGAGGCUAUGGAGAGGCAACAAGCGUUUACAGUACUUCCUCCACUGUCUCCUCGGUUGCCGCCACCUCCACCGACCCCGGCCGCGACGAGGAUGGCACCACUAACUGUGGCACACAAGGAAAACAGUGCCUUUGUCAUUUUGGCCGAUAUCGGAGAUCCGCCUUCCGGAAGGGCCAGUCCGUUCAGAGGACGGGGCUUCAGAACGCCGUCGUCACCACCUUCUAGCAGGAUACCAGUUCUGACAGGUAAGAGUGCGCCUUCGAGCCCCGUCAGGAGCAAACCUCUUCCAGGAGGAAAGAGUGCACCGGCGAGUCCCAAACGCGUCAACGCGAAACCCCCUCAGCCUAAGAGGCGCAAUGAGUCCCCUUCGAAAUUACCUGUGAGCAAAAACCGAAAUUCUCCUCUGUCGACACCAGUAAAAGAACCAGCGAAUCGGAGGUUAAACGCGAAGCCUCCAGUUUCGAAACCUAACUCACCUAGGCGGAACUACACUGCCGUAAACACGACAACGAAUAGGGUUCCACAGUCAGAAAGAAAAAACGAUUUAACAAAACCUCUUCCUGCGGCAAGGACUAGAUUUAACAAUAAGCCGGUGAGUACUGAUCUUAAAAUCGGCCUCAACAAUAAAUCGGAUAGACCAAACUUAGCCGCCCCAAUCGCCACAGCGAGGCGAUCUACCACAGAGUCUAAGAAAGGGAAUGAUAAUGGCGAAGGUGACAAAAAUUCACAUUUAUCAAAUGGAACACACUCGAAUACAGCAGCAAAAGUUAAGCAGGACGAAACUGUCAACCCCCAAUCGUCAGGAUGUGCCAUCGAUAAUUCGAACGGGUCUGAACGAAUUCCGAAUUCACAAUCAGAGUCAGAAGAGAAAACAGAACAUGGUGAAAAAACUACUGCUAAUGUUGUCUUGUCAACCAAUGAAACACUUCCAGAAACAAUUCACAAACUGAAUAAAGAUAUAAACUCGGUAAAAGGAGACCCCAAGAUUGGAGCUACCAAAUUACAGGAGGUUCAAAACAAUUCGGGGGUGGAACUGGUUGUGACGAAGGUCGAAGUCCUUAAAGAAAAAGCUCCGACAGAUGAAAAACUCGGUCAGUUAAAAGAGAACUUGAUUGUAUUAAAAUCCGAAGUCGAAGAUGACAUAAAAACGGGAAAAUCUAAAACCCAGGAAGUUAUCGAACUCAAAAACAUCAAAGAAAGAAAUAAAAUGGUAAACGGGUCGUACAGCGACAAAGAAGUUGAUAUUACAAGAGAGACAGAACUUAUUAAAGAAGGAGGUGAAAGAUACCAAGAACUGAAAGAGAAUAAGAUGGAAAUGAACGGAUUGGUCAAAAACAAGGAUCAAACACUUGUGGAAUGGACUACCAAGCAACCGAUGGAGCUCGUCCAGCCGGACGUUAUCCCGACUGAUCACACGACUUCCGUCGGAGUUGGAGUUGGAGCAGUCCAGGUGGCCGAAACCACUGUGGAAGGUCCACCUGAGGUGGAAGUAGAAGCUGGAAAUCACACUGUCACAUUCAGCUCACCGGAAAUACACCCGGUUUCCCCCCGCAUUGCGAAGAAAACUGGCCUCUGUUCUCGGAUCGAGGAGAGCAUGUAUUCGUGCUGUAGGAAAGAUAAAAACAAGAACAAAGUGAUCAAAGUGAAAGGUCCUGAAAGAGCCCAGACUGAAAAGCCGCCGGAAAAGAAACCAUCGAUAUUUUCCAGACUUUGCAAAUGGAAGAGGAAACCACGGCCGCCGCCGCCUAAACAGAAACCGAAGGUGCAGGAGAGGAGUCGGCAGAAGCAGGGGCUCUUCUCGAAAAUUAACUGUUGUAAAAAGAAACAGCCCAAGCCUAAAAAAAUUGAAACCACACCUCGUAAAAGUAUCUGGCGGACGGUAUUUUGUCUAGACAAAGCCUGUUGUUCUAAAUGCAAAUGCAGCAAAAAACAAGAAACCAAGAAAAAAGACAAGAUCAGAAGCUCCAGUCUAGUGGGUCUUCCAAAGCUGGAACCAUCAUUGGUGGAACACACAUCAGUGAUGAAAGGAGCAAUACCUGUCCUACCUAUCUGCCUAGCAUGGUUUUGUUUAUUAUUGAAUGUCUUCCUUCCUGGUAUAGGGACAAUUAUUAGUGGAUUUUUAUGCAUGUGUUUUGGGAAACCGAGGUUCACGGUGAAUGAUUCAGCAGUUGCUCGCUUAGGCGCUUUAUGUGUGAAUAUAAUAGUCGGAAUCAGUCAGAUAUUCACAAUUCUAUUCUGCCUCGUCGGCUGGGGGUGGAGCAUAUGGUGGGGGGUCAUCAUGGUUCGGCUUUCAAGAAAAAACAGGAGGAUUAAACUCGCUGAAAAAGCAGCUGAAACAACUCCAGCACCAGUUGCGGUUAAUCAAAACCACGAUGUUGAAAGGGGACACUAAUAAAUGAGAAAAUUUGCCAAAUGU